GCAAUAUUGUUGGCUGGAAUUGUUGGCUGGCUUGCUGUUGGCUAGCUUAUUGUUGGCUGACUCUACUCCGGCCUAUUGAUAACUCUGAUUGUUGUCAUCUAUCCCCGCAUCUAUCAACUCAAUCUGAAAGUGAAAAGGAAAAAGCUAAAGUAAUUGAGCCACUUGUCAGCGUCGUAACAAAUGAUUUACUAGUAGGAUCAUGCAGGGCGUAUUAAAGAGUGGAGUCGUGCAUAGAUGGCAUCAUGCUGUCCAAUGGAAAACCAUGCUUGGUAGUAGACACAGACAGCUGAACCUCUCAACAGUCAGACACAAAACAAGAGCUGUUAUAUUUGACCUGGGUGGAGUGUUAGUACCUAAGCCAUACCCAAUAUUUGCAGAUUAUGAAAGAAUGAAGGGUGUACCAAUAGGAACUGUGAAGGACCUGAUUGUAGCAGCAGGACAAAAGGGUUCUUUCAGACAGCUAGAAAGAGGCCACAUUUCAGCAGAAAGAUUUGGACCAGCAUUUACAAAAGAAGGCAAAGAAAUACUGGGCAUAGACUGUGACUUUGGUGAUUUUCUCCGAUUCUUUGAAUCUCACAUCUCAGAGCCAUUUCCUGAGAUGGUUGAUGCAGUGCAGUGUGUACGAAGUGAAGGCCUCAAGACAGCCAUCUUGUCCAACUUCUGGCGUUAUGAGGGCCAGCAGCUUGCCCCUCUACCUAUAAAUCGCAGCUUGUUUGAUGUGAUAAUAGAGUCUUGUUGUGAAGGCUAUGCCAAGCCUGAUCCCGAGAUCUACACAAAGUGCUUGGAGAACCUAAGAUUAACACCAGAAGAAGUAAUUUUCUUAGAUGAUCUCAAAGACAAUAUCAAAGGAGCUAAAGAUUUGGGAAUCCCUGCAAUUGAGGUGCAUAACACUAAGCAAGCCCUAGAGGAUCUCCAACAACAUCUACAGCUACCCGUCCAGGGUUAUCGACCUGGUACGAAAUCAGUCCGCAAAGGAAUGGAACUCAACGAAGAUAAUCUCAAAAACUAUCUCACAUCACUAGGAGUAGGAUCAUCACAAGAUAGCAUCUCGAUACGAGAAUUCAAACAUGGACAGUCGAAUCCAACUUACUUUGUGAAGUUUGGUGAGAGAGAUCUUGUGCUCCGGAAGAAACCUCCAGGGAAGCUGCUACCAAUGGCUCACAUGGUGGAGAGGGAGUAUGAGGUGAUGAAAGCAUUAGGAGGGGCAGGAGUUCCUGUACCCCCACUUCUAGGACUCUGUCAAGAUGAUAGCGUCAUUGGUACUCCCUUCUAUGUGAUGGAAUACGUAGCCGGGAGAGUGUUUGAAGACCCUACCCUACCAGACAUGGAGGCAACUGAAAGACAAGACAUCUAUAAAGCCAUGGUAGAUGUACUAUGUAAGAUACAUGAUGUUGAUGUGACAGAGGUGGGACUCCAGAACUAUGGAAAACAUGGUCAAUACAUUGCCAGACAGGUGAAGACAUGGUCUAAGCAGUACAUUGCCAGUAAAACACAUGAGAUCGAAUCUAUGAAUAAACUCAUGGAAUGGCUCCCAGAACAUGCUCCAAAGACAGAUGAAACAACGGUCGUUCAUGGGGAUUUCAGGUUAGAUAAUUUGAUAUUUCAUCCAGACAAGCCGGAAGUCUUAGCCAUCUUGGAUUGGGAACUCUCAACUCUCGGUGAUCCUUUUGCAGACCUUGCCUAUAGCUGUUUACCAUACUUCAUGCCAGAUUCCAUGUUGCUGAAAGGUUUCAAAGGAUUGGAUCUUGAUGCAUUAGGUAUACCUUCUUUAGAUGACCUUUCAGCUUUGUAUUACGAGAAGAGGGGUCUCAAACCAAUAGACAAUCUUCAGUUUUACAUGGCUUUCAGUUACUUCCGGAUCGCAGCUAUUCUUCAGGGAGUCUACAAACGCUCCUUUCAAGGUCAGUCCACAUCCAGCAAAUCUGAAUCCAUGGGAGAACUAGCUGUUCAUAUAGCUGAUUUGGGUUGGUCACUGGCUAGUCAACCUCAGGGUAUGAAAGGAAGUGGAAGCAUAUCCUCAAGAAGGUUUUCUACCAUGGCUGCAGCUCAUCAAGGCGUACCUCGUAGACACUACUCACAGUCAACGGGACAAUCAGGUGGAUUUGCCUACUCACCUUCGGCAUUGCCAGAGAGAGUACAGGAACUUCAUAGUAAGCUGCUGACCUUCAUGGAUGAACAUAUCUAUCCUGCAGAGAAAGAAAUGGAAGAAUACUACCUACAUGCUAAUCACUGGGAGUCACAUCCUCUUAUGGAACAACUGAAGAGCAAAGCUAAAUCAGAAGGCUUAUGGAACCUGUUUCUUCCGAUCGAGUCUGACCCAGAAGUGAAGUAUGGAGCCGGUUUAACAAGUCUAGAGUAUGCUCAUCUAUGUGAGAUCAUGGGAAGGAGUCUGUAUGCACCAGAGAUCUUUAAUUGCGGUGCACCUGAUACUGGUAACAUGGAGGUCCUUGCUAGAUACGGUACAGAGGAACAGAAGGAACAAUGGUUGAAACCUCUACUUGCUGGUGAGAUAAGAUCAUGCUUCGGAAUGACAGAACCACAUGUUGCCUCUUCGGAUGCUACCAACAUAUCGGCUCAAAUCGAUGUUGACGGGGAUGACCUGGUCCUCAACGGACGCAAAUGGUGGACAUCUGGAGCCAUGAACCCUCGCUGUAAGGUCUGCAUCUUCAUGGGGAAGUCUGACACGUCGGCCAGCCGUCACGAACAGCAGUCCAUGGUACUGGUUCCUAUGGAUGCACCUGGAGUGACGAAAGUACGGCCCUUGUCAGUGUUUGGGUUCUACGACAGGCCUGAAGGUCAUGCUGAAGUAGACUUUGACAAUGUUCGCGUUCCUGCAGGCAACAUGAUCUUAGGAGCAGGGAGAGGAUUUGAAAUAGCGCAGGGUCGUCUUGGACCAGGUCGUAUACAUCAUUGUAUGAGAUUAAUUGGAAUGGCGGAAAGAUCACUAGAACUCAUGACUCAAAGGGUAUUGAAUCGGGUAGCGUUUGGUAAAACUCUGGCUGAACAGGGUGUAAUCCAACAAGAUAUAGCUGAGUCAAGGAUAGAGAUUGAACAAGCUAGACUUCUCACUCUCAAAGCAGCUCAUAUGAUGGAUACUGUGGGAAAUAAGCAUGCUGCAGCUGAAAUUGCAAUGAUCAAAGUGGUGGCACCCAACAUGGCUCUGAGGGUAGUAGAUCGGGCCAUGCAAGCGCAUGGUGGAGCUAGUGUUUGCUCAGACUUCCCCUUCUCACACUUCUAUGCUGUAGGUCGUUCCUUGAGGAUUGCUGAUGGUCCAGAUGAGGUUCAUCGUCAAGCUAUAGCAAGGAUAGAACUGAAGAAGGCUAGGACUACCUAGUGUUUAGAAUCGGGCUGUGUAUUUUUAAAGUAUGACACUACCUAGUCUGAGGCUAGAACUACGUUGUCAUAGGCUGGUACUAUCUAGUGUUAAGAUAAGGACUACCCAGUCAUGAGCUAGGACUGUGCAGUCUUGGACUUGGACUACCUAGUCUUUUGCUAGGUUUUUAUGGUUUAAGACUAGGACUACCCACAUGGAGUGUCGAUCAAAACCAUCAUCUGAAAUACAACGUAAUCAUGCAAUAAAAAAAGGAAUAUUGAUAAUGUUUGUAGUAAUUGUUAUUAAAUCUGAAUCAAAGUGAUGUAAAGUAUAUAAUAUUUGGCUGACUAGUCAAUUAUGUGAUCUUGGUUACAUUCAGUAACUGUUUUGAAUUGCAAUUCUCUCAUUGCAUAUAAUACAAAAGGGAUGAUUGAUCUUUCCAAACAUUGUACAGGUACAUAGCAAUCUUAGCCAAGUUGCAGUUCUUUCCUUGAAUUGUACACAAAGCUAGUCAUUGAACUUGAUGUACUGAUUUCUGUAUGUAACAAGCUGGAACCUGUAACACAAAGGUUGUCAAUCAUCUAGUGACAACAACCAAUUAAAAUCACUGUAGCAUGUGCGUUUUUGCUCAAAAUACUGCCCAAGAAUCCAAUCAUAAUUUGUUCUUUCAUAUUUGCUAUCCAUUGCAAACCAAUUAGCUAUUGGGCCCUGUCCCUUUUGAAAGCAAACCAAACAGAUUUUUGUUAUAGUUGCACAAAGAUAUGAAAUUAAUCUCUUGAAAUUGUUGCCUAAUUCAUUGCUGUAGGCUUUUAUUAGAAGGUCUAAAAUCUUACGCCAAAUAACAGUUCAUCAUCUCAAGAUGCCUAUAAUUUCUUAGGCAAAGUGUCAUGGAGCUAUUCCACAUUGAUCAUGUAAAGAGAUAAUCUCGACGCAUUUGACCGAUCAGAUGAACCUUCAAGAAGCAGAUUUUUUUAUACAGUAGCUCCUGAAAAUUUUCUGAGUUUUAAUUUUUUAUAAUACAUGUAAGCACUGUAAUGUACAGUAUAAUAAAUAUAUAUAUAUAUUUGCUGUAAUAUUGAUAAAGUAUCUACUCAGUUGCAUCUUGUUUGAAUCAUGCUUAGUCAAAUUAUGCUAUUAUGUACUUUAUUUUCAGAUGUGCCUUUCAAUCCAUUCUUAACCUAGGGAUGUUAUAAUUUAGGCCACCUUUCAUGAAAUUCUUCAGGACUGAAAGUGAGAAGAAUUUAUUCUUUCGUAUCAGUCAGUUAUCCAUUUUGACAAAAGAAAAGUAGAGAACUUAAAGACUUGCAUUUUCUUAUCUGACAAUGAUGGAUACAAGAAUGGCCUCUUCUUCUUUCCUUGGGUCUUCUGUUCUUUUACAAAAUUUGUAAUCUCAAUAUUUCCUCUGUAUUAAGGGGUUUAUAUGGGUUUACACUUUAAGAGCUUCAAUGUUAUGUCUAAGGAUAUUGCUUUGCAAGAUUUAUUGCACUCAAUUUUGUAUUAAAGCAGCAUUCACACAUGUCCUUCCAUCAUAAAAACCAAAGACAGUUUUGGUUCAAUUUGCAUGUAGUAUCUUCAUCAACCAUUGAUCUAUAUACUGCCUCGAUUUUUCUUUUGUGUUUGUAAGAAAUGCUAAAUUCUCUUAACACAAUUUUUACGGGUAUGUCAAUUAUACCGCUAUUUAUGUAAAUAUUGAAAUUAUGCAUUUUGAUCCACAAAGUCCAUACUUUUCCUCACUAAUUUCUGUAUCGGUCUCUCUGGGGUUUAUAUAGAAUCUAUAACCAAUUAACAUUUCAUAAAUUAUGUGUGUGUAACCGUCAUCAUGUAGAGGACAUAUAUAGAGUAGGCUCAGGUAAAUUUGCCUAAGUCGCCAUUCCAUUAAUCAGAUAUUUGCCUUAUAUUGAAGCAAUUUUUUUAAACCAGUUGAUUCAAAACACAAAUUAUAUUACAUACCUUUUCCAAGUCUGAUUACUCAGAAGUCAAACAUAUUUCAGUGAUCCUCAUGAUUCGACCAAGGCAGAGACACCUGAAGUCCUAAACCCUGUUAAAUUAUCCAGAUAGUUUUCACCUCAGAAAACUGUUAACACAUGGGGUGAUGCUAGAUAUGCAUUAUCUUCGGAAUUGAACAUUAUCUUCUUAUGUGUUGUCUCAGUGUAAGAUAUUUUGUAUUGGCAGAUUAUGACCAAAUAUUGUACAAAGUACUUAGACUCGCAUGCAACAUUAUGUAUCAUAUUUGAGUUCAAUCUCAGAUUGGCAUCAGAUCCAUUCAUCAAAAUGAAUUUUAUAUUUGUCAAAGACUGAAUAACUAUAAGAAUAUUAAAAUGAUUAAUACUAAA